GCGUGGAAGAUAAGAAGCCAAGCACCACACUGGAAGAUUUGCUGCGCUGGACAAGAGGCAGCAAGGGCGGGCGUGCAUGUUUUUCGGGUGGCCAGGUCGGCGGACUCCAGCUCUCUCCCUCGGUGCCGCAGGUCUAGCCUGAAAGCGCACGCCGCCGGAGCGUUGAACCUUGGCCGCAGCCUCUGGCGCAGGUUCCACCCCGGCUGCUAACGUACAGCUUUCAAGCCCAGUACUCGCCCCCAGCCUGAACGAAAGAGAACUACAGCAGUAGAGCGGCCAGAUCGCGUUCUGCAAGGUUAGAUUUGGGGGUCGUCGAGAGCGGCGCUGGCCAAGGUAUGGACUGGACUCCGGCUGCCGUCGGUUCUUCGAGCUCUUCAGCAGCCAACUACGGAGAGUCUACGGGAAUGGUAAGAGCGUCCCCAGAUGAGAUGAUGGUGUCCGCUUCCACCGGUCGGAAUGUAGCUCCUCCUCGAGACCCGGCAGAUUUUCCGCACGAACACUCUGCGACCGCAGCGGGCACCCCGUUAGGAGGACAAUCGGGGCAGCGGGGGCGGGAGGGUGUGGUGGCGCACCAGGGGGUUGGAUCCGGUGCAGCGGUAGCGGUCCCGUCGAGGAAUCACCGACCCGAAGGAGGGCGUGAUCGAGAAAAGACGCUCCCGGCGUGGAUGGCCGCGGGCCCGGCGGCUUUGCCGGACGGGCGCCAACAGCAAGUAACACCUGUUGCGAAUGCUCCAACACAGACGCCUCGACCAACCGGAUUGUACUCAUCUCGUCCACAGCAGGGUGCUCCGAGCAAGCAGAAAGCGGGUCCAAGUGAUGGCGACAGGAAUUCCCGGGCGAACAUAAAUAAUCGAAACAGAAACAACUAUGAUGAGGAGCCGCAUCGAUCUGUAGGUGCUGGCGCAACCCCAGACAUGAGCACCCUGUAUGCAAUGGCUCGAGAAUCGCGCAAUCACACACCUGCACCCAGAACGCCAACCACGGCGGCCCCGAGACCGUCGGCAAAUCCACGGUCAGCAGGAAGAGGGCGCGGUCGAGAGAGGACGCUGCCAGCGUGGAUGACUGCGGCGGAGGCAACCCCGCCGGGCGGACUCCAACAGCAAUCGGCGCCUGGAACCACUUCCGGCGGACGGGUACCCGAACCUACGGGGUCGUUCUCAUCUUGUCCACAGCAGACUACCCAAACCACUGCCCACGGCCGUUACAGCGUUAAGAAUACAUCGAGUGAAGACAACCAAACGGCCAAAGCGGCAGCAACGGGCACCUUCCACGUGGGCGUUGGUCAUCAUGGGAAUCCGCAGCGCCAAAGGCGAGCACCUGGAGGUCAAGGUAUCAGCCAUGGCAUCUUUGAGACACUUCGUGAACAGUACCCGGGAUCCGCGGGAGUGAGUAUGGCCGGGGCGUCGGGGGCAAGGCCCACUACCCACCACCAGAGUUUGUCCUCAACGGUGGCAGGGCACGGUCGAGGACUCAAGGUUCGGAGGUGGGUGCGUGGUGGGACACGUGAUGACGGUACGCCUGGCGGGCUUCGACCGUACGAGGAGGGUCCCUUCGAUUCUGUGCCUCGGGCGUCUCGACCGACCGGAUCGUACUCGUCUCGCCCAGGACAUAGAACUCAGGGCGCGCUCCCGAACAGCUGCGGUAGUAGUAGGUAUAAAGCAGGCACGAACAGAAAGGGACGCCGUGCUGCCGGAAUCGGCACUCGUCGACCGGAAAGGUCGGCAUCCACCAACCCAGAGAUUGGCAGUUGGCAUACCAACGCUGAGAGAAUUGACGGCCAGAGCCCAGUUCCAGCAGGUACGGUUGACUUGAACGGCGCACCCGAGAGAGGGUUGCUGGUGGCAGAUCCCUCUUCCCAGCACCAGGAGUUGGCCACGACGGCAGGCGAAGAGCGCGGCGGUGGGCAAUCGAGGCCGAAGAGAGGUCGCGAAGAGGAACCAGGGAUGGCUUCGACGGGCUCCGUGUCCCGUGCUCGGGGCGGCGAGUCCGGGCGGCAACCAGCAGGGCUUGGCGGGCUGCUGGACGUGAUACGCAGGACGGCUAGCAUGAACUUGCAGCCCCCCGCGAAGAAGAACAAAGUGGCUCUUUCGAAGAGCAGCCCGCCGAAGUUCUCUGCAUCUGUGCCCCGCACGGCCUUGUCGUUGCAGAAUCUGGUCGCUACCAGGGCCCGGUUCCAGAUCGUUCAUCACCACGACGCCCCGAAGCAGCAGCAGCAGUUAGUAGCCCAUAGGAGUAAGUUGCCUACCUUGAACACCGCCGGCGAAGCACGACGAACGAGCAAGAGCAAAGGAUCAUCACGGGCCCCGCUUGCGGGCGCCGCUCUCUCCUCCAGGCCUUCACGUUCCACGACUCCGAAGAAGGUGGUCAUUGACGGAAAUGAUGUCGCGCUUUGCCACCGGGGAGCAGAUGGUCAAUGGUCUGCGCAGGGGCCCUUGCUGGCCAUCCAGUUUUUCGAGCAGCGUGGCGUACCGUGCGUGGCCUUCCUUCCUCGUGAACGCAUGGCUGGCGUCUCCCCUCGAGAUGGGUGCAACACUGCGUUUCAGGAGGCAAGGGCCAAAGGAGCGAUCUCCGAAAUCCCCCGGGGGGAGAAGGGCGACCUGUUCAUCCUCAAGUACGCCAUCGAAUCGAAAGUCCACGUGGUCACCAACAAGAGACUUAGCACCCACGCCGCCAGCAACGAGACACUAGGUGGGUGA